AUUCGGACAUGGCUGCGAUAAUAUGAAGUAGAAAUGAAUAAUUAGAAAUAAAAUAUUUUCAUAUAAAAAACCUGUUUACAGCCUUAUAAAUUAGUUUUUCAAUACUAUAAGAGCCCUCUAGACAUGAAAUGACACCCUUUAGUCACCUUUUACACUCUUUUAAUCUAAUAUAAUAAUGUUGCCUGUAGCUGAGCCAUUCAGUGGCCACGAUUCUGAAGUGCGCGGUCUGAUUGGUUUGGUCUCUUCUAGUGGCUAAUACUACUGUACCAUUGAUAUUUUUUGUUUAUUUUGCCAUGUCUAUGCUUGAAAAUGCGGAAUAUAAGCCCAGUAUAUGGUAUAAUAUGCUUUUAAAAAAUCAACAAUGUAGUGAAGCGAGAUGUCACAAGGGCUGGCUACUGAAGUUACCAGUAUUGUCCAGUCAGACCUGUGUACCCUACCAAUUUUAGACUGUUUCUAACAAGAUUGGUCAAAAGGCACUCAUACGACUAGAGAGCACCAUGAGUCUGCUUAAGCUGAUGCUCUGUGGCACUUCCGCGUUAGUUUUUCCAUCCAUCCAUCCAUUUCUACCGCGUGUUUCAACAUGUAAAAAUGCCCUGUUGUGCAGCACGGGGCUGCUACAUCUGCGAAAAGUGUGGAAACUCUUUAUAUUGCUUUCCCCACAACCUGGAAAGGUGACACCAAUAGAAAGUGAAGGUUCGCCAUCAACACUGGAGAGCCACAAGCUACAGUGUCUUGUGUGAGGUGAACACACGGCACAACGUCUGCAUUUUGUUCAGGAGAGAACACACAGAAGCUAAUACAAAUAAUAGAAGAAAUUAACAAUUAAAAGAUGGUUUGCCAAAAACAGACUAUCCUCAGAUCUCAGUAACACUAAAAUAAUGUUAUUUGGUAAAGACUGAAGAAAAAAGUUAAAUACAAAUAGACAGAGUAGACAUUGACAAAGUAAAAUAAAUUAAAUUUGGGGGUGUAAUAAUUGAUGAUUAAAUGAAAAAUGGAAAUCAAAUCUCAUAUAAAAGUAUACAACAAAGUGGCAAGAAAUAUUUAAAUAAUGAGUAGAGCAAAAUAUGUUCUGGAACAAAAAUCUGUGUAUAUUCUCUAGUGCUUGCCAGUGUUACCAUAUCUGAGUUAUUGUGCAGAAAUAUGGGGAAAAAAGUACACUUAUUCACUAACCAUGUUACCAAAAAGAAAGAUCAGUUAGAAUAACACAUAAUGUUGGCUAUCGAGAACAUUCAAACCCUUUUAUUGUUUGAAUCAAAAUUUAUGAAAUUCAAUAUUUUGAUGCAUUUCCAAACAGUUAAAAUUAUGUACAAGGCAAAAUAAGUGUAAUAAGUUUAUUUUUUGGGUCGUUCUGUGUAUUUCUUUACAUUUAUUGCGCCAUCUGGGAGCAAUAAAUGUCAGAACGACUGCAAUUGCAUGCCUACGGGAGCACACAUUUGGUAGCAAAGAUGGCGCCUCUCCUUUAGUUGGCCAUACUCUUUCUAUAAAGGCUCUGUGUCCAGUGUAUGACCGCACCCCCUGCAGGUACUUUUGCUUAAUUGCAUCUCAGAAUUAAAUCCUAUGAGUCAGUGCUAAGGCUAACAAAUUGUAUAGAUAAUAACAUAUAGUAACUGAUCCAAGUUGACUUUAGACUUGAUGCCUGUGUUUUUUCAGAGCUAUAUUUCAAUACAUUCUGUAAACUGUAAAGGAUACUCGCAGUGUUCCAGUGUCACCUUCUUACAGAGUGGUGUUGCCUGUGUGAAGAAGAUUAGGCAGCACAGAGCUUAGUGGUGGUGUUACUCCUCUCAUCUUCUCCACUCUGGCUAAUGUGCGAGGAUGGGCGUGUGCUGCACACCACCAUAACUUUCUAGAUCUGCUCAGCAAAAAUAAUGACGUUUAAUCCACUGCUGCUGCUGCUGUUCACAUCCUUCCAGAGGGCAACUUGUCAAGUGUCUGAAUGGAUUGAAGAGGUAGAAGGUAGUGGUGAGACCGAAUGGAUCCCCCAACCAGAUUUUCUAGGGGAUAUCUACUGGUCAGGAACAGCCCCACUUUGUGCAGGAGGCUGCAAGGCGCGCCACCAGGAGCUCAGACGAGAUCCUUGUGGAGAGUCCAGCUGCUGCUGGCUGGGAUACAAGUCCCUGUGCCGAGUGAACUGCGGGAGGCCAGAUGUGGACUACAACGGUAUCAUGUAUGGAAACAACUGGUGGGUGGGAUCCGUGGUGAGCUACGCCUGUCGUCCUGGCUUCAUGCUGGUGGGAAGCACCACCAGAACUUGCUUGUCCGAUGGCCUCUGGACUCCCAAACCUUCCUGUUUGAGAAUGUGCAAAAGGGGCUCCAUUGAAAUCAGUGAGCGGGAACUGAACGGGACGUGCAACUCCACCUGCGCGUAUAAAAGUUACUCGGGGCCUCCCAAGCUGGGCUGCACUCAGAUACACAACUGCAAGCAGAAAAAGACCGGCUGGAAGCGCUUCUUUGCUCAGUGUGUGCCCUGCAUCUGCGACUGUGCUCUGUCGUGCUUAUCCAAAGGCUGAGUGAGGACUGACAGUAAGAGGACUUGCUGUGGAUGCAAGUGGUAAUCUUCCAUGACAUUCAUUGAAUUCCUUUUGCAUUUCUUUAUUACUCCGGUUUUGGACGACACAACACCAUUCGAUGGAAUAAGGUCCUACUGAAUGAAAGGCACUGGAAAAGUCACCUUACUAAUGAUCUCAGCCCAACAUAGUGAAUCAUGUGUAUGUUUCACUACAGUUCUGUGCUCUUUUGAAGCACAGCAGGAGUGAAAGCGUUUAGAUUAACGGCUCCUGGAGGAGCUGAAACCUUAAUCUCAUUGCAAACAGGAGGAGCUCCAGUCUGGACGCUUGGGUUCACAUU